AAAGUUCACUUUCAAUUUCGUUUUCAGCCGGAGCGCCGCAGUCCGUCUUUAAUUCCAUUAUUUUCACUAAUUCACUAAAUUAAAUCAAACUCUGUGUUCUGAGGAAGGUUCCCAGCAGGACCGACUCGAGCUGGACGCUGCUGUGUUUUCCUGAGGUGUUUCUUCCUCACAGACAGAGACACCUUCCUCCUCCUCCUCUUCCUCCUCCUCCUCUUCCUCCUCCUCUUCAUCAUGGAGUCCGGUCCGGAGUGGUUGUCCGAAGAGGUGAAAACAGGGACCACCAUCAUCGCGGUGGAGUUUGACGGGGGGGUGGUGCUGGGCUCUGACUCCAGGGUGUCCGCAGGGGAGAAGGUGGUGAACCGGGUGAUGAACAAGCUGUCUCCCCUCCAUGACAAGAUCUACUGCGCUCUGUCUGGGUCUGCAGCUGACGCUCAGACCAUCGCCGAAAUAGUCAACUACCAGCUGGAUGUCCACAGUAUUGAAAUCGGCGAGGACCCCCAGGUGCGCUCCGCCGCCACGCUGGUGAAGAACAUCUCCUACAAGUACAAGGAGGAGCUGUCGGCUCAUCUGAUCGUGGCCGGCUGGGACCGCCGGGACGGAGGGCAGGUGUUUGCGACCCUGAACGGGCUGCUGACCAGGCAGCCCUUCGCCGUGGGCGGCUCUGGAAGCUGGUACGUCUACGGCUUCGUGGAUGCCGAGUAUCGCAAAGGGAUGAGCAAGCAGGAGUGUCAGCAGUUCGUCGUCAACACGCUGUCUCUGGCCAUGAACCGUGACGGCUCCAGCGGCGGCGUGGCCUACAUGGUCACCAUCGAGGCCGACCACACGGAGGAGAAGGUCAUUCUGGGAAAUGAGCUGCCCACCUUUUUCGAUCAGUGACCCCAUCAACUAGUAAACUGAAUCACAUGUGAAAAGUUACUAUUUUAAUAAAAGAAAGUCAAAACUAA